AUGAAAAAGCAACAAAAAGCAUCAUCAUCUGAUAAUUCUUCUUCUUCUGACGAGGCACCAACAACAAGUUCUUCUACUUACACAACUGUCAGCACUGCUUGUACUAUUAUUCCACCACUCGAUUUGUGGCCACAAUUAUUUCCUCACCAUCCCGAACAUGAAGUGUUGGACUAUGAGGGAAAUAAAUCCUGUUGGCCAGCACACAUCAAUGUUGCUUACCCUUUCGUUGCUCAGGCAGGAUUCAGUGUGGCGAAAGGAAAGUUGAAACAACUGUUAAAGGAGCAUGAUAUACAACCAUUUGAUAUUGAACUUGAUGAGUUGGAUAUUUUCGAACAUACAAUUAAUUCAAUUAUUGUAAUGAAACCUAAAGUUUGGAUUGGAGAUGAGAGGAAAGAUGAAUUAUUGAUUCAAUUGCAUGAUUUAAUAGUAGAGUGUUUUAAUAUUGUAGAGAAUCAUGAAUAUGUUCCUCAUAUUUCAAUUUCCUAUGUUAAAACUAAAGAUCUAUUGAAACGAAAGAAAAUGCUCGAAACCUUAUUCACCAAACCAAUCAGAUUCACAGUCGAUAAGCUUCAUUUCCUCGCCACCUCCAACAAGAAUGGAAAAAUGUACAGUAAAUGUGAAGUUUUCCUGGUGAAUGGAAAAUUUAUUCGUUCCAUGCUUGGAGUGGGCCUUGUGAGAUCUACAGAGGCAGAGGAAAAGGUUAGAAUGACUGUUUCAUUGCUCUUGUUUUGUUUUAGGUACUUCUUGGUGGCAGAUAAUCGGGCUCUCCUUUCUCCAAUGUAUAUUUUGAUACUCAUGUCAUCAAACACGAUGACUUCAUUGCAUUAUACGUUGGCUCCAUUCUUUGUAACAUUUUUCUUAUAUUGUGGAACAAUAGUUCAUAGUUUGAUCUUUUCGAAUUCGAUAGAGUUAAUAUUCGAGAAUUUGGCAACUGCUUUGUGUAUUUAUUUAUUGAGCUAUUAUGUAUUGUCAACAUCCUCAGCUCUCCAAUCAAAAAUAACAAAAUUGGAACAAACAGCAAAGGAGUUAGAAAUGGCCUUGUCAAGUAAGGAAGUUUUUAUUCGCCAUAUCAGUCAUGAGUUUAGAUCUCCUUGUUUGAGUAGUUUGGGAAGUGUUGAAUUGUUGAGAGAGACAAAUCUAACAGAAUAUCAAAGAGAGUUAGUUGAGACAAUUGCCUCCUCGGAUGGAAUUUUACUCAAUCUUAUUGAGGAUGUUCUGACACUUGUGAAAAUUGAACAUGAAAAGAAGUCAGAUGAUAAAUCUUCAGAGGCUACCAAGUUUUUCAAAAUAUUUAGUUUGAAUAACUGUGUGAAAAUGAUGGGAAAUAUCAUUAAGAGUUAUUCGAAACAAUUUCAAGUCAAUGUGAACGUCUCAAUUGAUGAACAAGCGAAAGACCUCUUUGUGAGAGCUAAUCAAACUAGAAUACAUCAAGUAAUAUCAAAUCUUAUGACCAAUGGCGUAAAGGCAUCAAAAAUUGGAGAUUCCAUCGAUUUGGAAUGCUUUGUCCAAGGAGAUGAACGACAGGUGAAUGGAGUUAUUGAAAGAGAUAUCAUUUUCAAAGUGAAAGAUAACGGAAUUGGCAUUCCAAAAUCAAAACAAGCCAAAAUAUUUGAACCUUUUGCACAGUUACAUAAUUUGAAUCAGUCAAUCAUUCCUGGGAGUGGAUUAGGACUUUCAACUGUAAAACACAAUGUUCAAGCCAUGAGAGGAGAUAUUACAUUGGAAUCUGAUGAAAAUUGUGGAGCAGAAUUCACUGUAAUUCUUCCUUUGGAAAUUGUACAAUGCAAAUUAGAGAGAAGUAAGAAUAGUAGCGAAUCUUUACACGAAAUUGAUCCUUCCAUCAAGAGACAACUAGCCAUUCAAGAAAAUUAUAUUCGUCUCUUUUCAACUUGCUGUCAAAAUAAGGCAAGCAACUCGAAAGCUGAAAUUCUAAUUGCUGAUGACAAUUCUGUGAACAGGAGAGUCAUUACAAAACUUAUUGAAAGUCUUGGUUAUUCUGUAGAUGCUGCCAAUGACGGAAAAGAAUUAAUUGAACUAUUUGAUAAGGGAAGGCACAAGCUUAUUAUUACAGAUUUGAAUAUGCCAGUUCUAGAUGGAGUUGAAGCAACCAAAAUUCUUAGAAAUAGACAUCAAGGAGAUAUUAAGGUUGUAGCGUUGACAGGAGAUGUAUUGAUAGAGAAAUCACCACUCUUUGAUCAACUACUCACAAAGCCAAUCCACAAAUUAGUUCUCAAAGAAUGCAUUGAUUCUCUAAUGAAAUAA